AUGGCGACUACUGUGCAAACACCCACGAACCCCGACCAGCAGGUCGACCUUUCCACCAUCCCCAUCUCCCCUGAGGGUGGUGAGAAGAGCGAGACCAAGGAUAACGAUGCCGACAAGCCUAUCACUGUCUUCCACGAUAAGGAAAACUUCAACGUCAAGCACCCUCUUCAGAACAAGUGGACGCUUUGGUUCACCAAGCCCCCCAGCGGCAAGGGUGACAACUGGAAUGACCUGCUGAAGGAAGUUAUUACCUUCAACUCGGUGGAGGAGUUCUGGGGUGUCUAUAACAACAUCGCCCCCGUCUCUGAGCUGGCCCUCAAGUCCGACUACCACCUCUUCAAGGCCGGUGUCCGCCCCGAGUGGGAGGAUGCCCAGAACAAGCACGGUGGCAAGUGGUCCUACCAGUUCAAGGAGAAGCGCAGCGUCCCUAUCGACGACCUCUGGCUGCACGUCAUGCUGGCCGCUAUUGGCGAGACUCUCGAGGGCGAGGACGAUGGUGAGGUCAUGGGUGUUGUCGUCAACGUGCGUAAGGCUUUCUUCCGUAUCGGUGUUUGGACCCGUACUAUUGGCAAGAGCAUUCCUGGCCGUGGUGACGGAGAUGUUGCCGGUGGUAAGGGCCGUUCUCAGGAUAAGGGCCGUGAUAUUCUCCUGAACAUCGGUCGUCGGUUCAAGGACAUUCUCAACCUCCCCCCUGGUGAGGUUGUCGAGUUCUCUGGUCACACGGACAGCGCACACAGCGGAAGCAGCCGUGCUAAGGCCAAGCACACCGUUUAA